AAUCAUGAGAACAAAGGCAGCAACGGGUUUGUCAACAGGACACAGAUGCUGUAUCACUUCCGAGGCUUUGCUUCUCAUUCGACCUGGGCAGAAAAGUCUGACCUAUAUCUCACGAGGCAACAUACGCAGCACUAUUUGACGGGUGUUGGAGAACAGGGUAUACGCAAGACAACAGAUGCCUUUUGUACAUCCAAGAUCGCAAGUCAUCGACGGGUACGGCCCAUCAGAGGACAUAGGCGAUGGCGGAGAUUCUCCUUUGGUGCCGUUUCUUCUCAUUUCAAUAUCGUUCCUUCUCAUGCUUGUUAUGCUCCUCACUGUUGCUUUGAUACAAAGAUGUUGUGGAAGCAGAGGAGGGGAGUUGUCGGAUGAUACUGAAGAGUCGGAUUUGCAAUACGAUGAUGCUACGGAGAUUGAAAAUGACGCCUCUGCACUGAGAACCAUGUCUCCAGAUGAGCAGGAGAUAUAUUUUCAAGCAAAAGAAUAUAUCAAGUUGAAUGGUUUUGCACGGAUGGACCUUGCUCCAUGGCAAAAAGACAUGAUAAAAGAAAAAGGCGUUCACGCAUGGAGCCUAGAUACCUUAUCGGAUAAUCAGCAUUCCGUCACUGUGGAAAACAAAACAGAAAUCACCUUCAACAAUAGAAACAUUCCAAUAUCGGUUCAGUCAAACUUACCUAUCCCUUUCACAAAAGAUGUACAUUACAUAGAGUUCAAAAUAUUCGAUAUACCGGAGCGGUUUAGAGGCAACACAUUAAUUUCUUUGAGCUUGAGCACAUUUCCUUAUCCGUCAUUCGUACUACCAGGUCGUUAUUUGCAUAGUUUGGCAUAUGAUUCAAAUGGUGAUAGAAGACAUAAUAAUCCCUUUUUACUUGAAGAUUUGAAAGCAGGCCAUGAUAUAUUCCCAACUUUGGAGGAGGGAGACGUUGUUGGAAUUGGAAUCAAAAAAUAUUCUAGAGCUGUUUUCUUCACUAGAAAUGGGAAAAAAUUAUCAGAAUCAAAAAUCGGAGGACAUGUAAAGCUACCCAGAAGUGUCCAACUUUAUCCAACGGUAGGAAGUAUAAAUCCAUGUCGUAUUGAUGUUAAUUUCGGUCAAAUGGGUUUUGUUUUUAUCGAAGCCAAUGUUAAAAAGUGGGCUUUAGCUCCGCUAAGAGGAAGUGAGGUCCCACCACCUCUGUAUACAAAGUUCAACCAUGAUGUACUUUUGGAUUGCAGUGAUGUUGAAGAUUCAGAGUUGCCAGAGUUUGAGGAUGUUGUUCACAGUGGCAUGGUUCGUCCGGCUGAAUUCACGGAUGACGAAAGAGGAGAUGAUGAAGUGACUUUGGACACAAUUGAGCAACCUCCAAACUAUGACCACCUGAUUCAGGAUGAGAUAAGAGAGGCUAUGGGUGAAAAUAUAGACGACCCAGAUCCAUAGAGGCCAGGGUAUUGGAUGGUUUAUUUGGUUUUUUUUAUCACGGCUUCUUAGCCAUGACAUUUUUGUACAUAUAUCAUAUAUGGUGGUAUUGUUUCGUUUUCUUUGGUUGCAGAAUUUUUUUUCACUUUGUUAAUUUUGGUUUUCUUUUACUCUUCUCUUUUGCAUAAUCUCAUAACUUCUUCGUUUUUUUUUAAUUUUUGGCUUUCAAACAACCAAGGUUUUACCACGGCUGCAUUUUU